CGAUAAACUAUAUCGAGGGAGUUGAUCUCGUUGAACUAGCUCGGCGUCAAAAGGAAGACCUUGAGCUGCAUCAUGAGUUGUCGUCCACAACUCUCAAGCUGCGACUUUGUCCGGUUGGAUCAGACAAGGAUACAAUUUUGUGCGAUGUCUCUGCUAGUCAACCACGCCCAAUAGUUCCGAAGAGUUGUCGACGCAACGUCUUCAAUACGUUGCACAAACUCUCUCAUCCAGGUGUACGAGCCACCAUUAGGCUUAUCGCACAACGUUUCUGCUGGCCUGGGAUGAACAAAGACGUUAAGGAGAGGGCUCAGUCGUGCUUAGCUUGUCAAAAGUGUAAAGUCACGCGACACACGAAAAGCCCCUUAGGCUCAUUUCUAGCCCCAGACAUGCGUUUCGACCACGUCCAUAUAGAUAUUGUAGGACCCCUACCAGAAUCUAAUGGAUGUACCUACCUUUUCACUGUGUUGAUCGUUUCACACGAUGGCCGGAAGCAGUACCUAUUAAGGAUAUUACUGCUGAAACAGUUGCUCGUGUUUUCGUCGAAAGAUGGAUCGCGAACUUCGGAUGUCCAUCCUACGUCACAACCGACCGUGGGCGCCAAUUUGAGUGUGGAUUAUUUCACGCUCUAACGGCACUUUUAGGUUGCACUCGGUUCCGAACGACAGCCUACCAUCCACAAGCAAAUGGCAUGGUAGAGCGUUUCCAUCGACAGCUGAAAGCUUCCCUUUCAGCUACAAACAUACCUCAGUGGACCGAGGCUCUGCCUCUAGUCCUACUAGGUAUUCGUAACGCGUUGAAAGUUGAUGCUGGAUGCACUCCUGCAGAACUCGUCUAUGGGACCACUCUUCGCCUACCAGGUGAGUUUGUUUCCCCUUCAACUUUCAAACAUCUUUCCGACAGGGCAUCUUACGUGACUAGGCUUACAAACGCAAUGCGUUCAGUUAGGCCUUCUCCAAUUAGACCUCAAACGACUGAUGUUUUCGUUCACCCUAGUUUACAGAAGACAUCACACGUGUUUGUUCGCCACGAUGCCGUUCAUCAACCACUUGAACCACCCUACGACGGGCCGUUCAAAGUGAUUAAGCGACACGAGAAAUUGUGUAUAAUUGAGCGAAACGGAUGUGAAGAUACUGUUUGGAACCAGCGUAUUUCGAAGGCAACCCCAUUAUAAGUGACAUUUCAGCUCGCUACAUCCGACCACCGGAUUACUCAAUUAUCGAAAUUCUUGACGAUGUGCCUGGUAAUGCCCAGCUGCAACGACCAUCGGCACAACAAAAAAUACGAUCACGUCGAACCGUCAACUUCCCAGAGUAUCUGAAGUCAUAUUCAAAGUAGCGGUGUGUGUGCCAACGAUGCUUCGUGUCAUCGAGGCACCAAUUUUCUUAUUGACCGCCAAUGCACAUCCCUCGUUAACUUUGCCUUCUUAUAUCAAUUUUUAUUACCAUCCAAUGAAACUUUUUUUUUAAAAACGGUGAAAAUAGGCGUGAAUUUUCAUUUUUCGAUAUGUUUACAUAUAGAUAAUUCCCAUUUUUACAAAACUUUUUCGUGGUAUUAAAGACUUUUAUUUAUAUUCCAGGUGCAACGAGCACUGGAUGGAACGUCAAAAGGAACUGAUGACCGCGAUCGACGUCUAAUUCGAUUUAUUGUAUUUUAUUUAUUUAAUUGCCACGACACCCUAGAAUAAGUUCAGACAACCAGGGGCCACUUCACGCAGUGAGCCCAUCGGAAGAGUUUUACCAGUGGAGAAACCACUGGGAUUUUACUCCCGGCUGGUAUCGUCUUAGGGUUCUCACGAACCCACUACGGGGGGGGAGUGAUCUGUAGCGUCACACACUCCCCCAAAAUCA